GUGAAGGGAAAUUGUUGCUAGACAGGUUUUCGACGUCGCCGUGAGCAGCUGAGGAAAAAUGGCUAAAGCAAUGUCAAGUAAGCAAGAUAUUUUUAUGUGUUCUAUUUGCUUGGAUCUACUGAAGGAUCCAGUGACUCUUCACUGUGGACACAAUUACUGUUCGGGCUGCAUUAACGGCUGUUGGGAUCAGGAAGAUCAGAAGGGAGUCUACAGCUGUCCCCAGUGUAGACACACAUUCACUUCUAGGCCAGUUUUGAAACGGAAUUAUAUGGUUGCCGAACUUGUGGAAGAAAUGAGAAAGACCAGACCUACAAUUGAACCUGCUCCCGCUGACCAUGGAGAUGUGGAGUGUGAUGUUUGUGCCUCCGGGACAAAACUCAAGGCUGUGAAGUCCUGUCUGGAUUGUCUGCUGUCAUAUUGUGAAACUCACUUUAAAGCUCACAAUGACCUUAACCCGGGUAGAAGUCAUUCGCUAAUCGACGCCACUGGCCAGCUACAGGAAAGGAUUUGCUCCAUUCAUAAGAAAGCUCUUGACAUAUUUUGCCGUACUGAUCAGAGUUGUAUUUGUUAUUUUUGUCUGAUGGAGGAGCAUAAAGGCCAUGACACCGUCUCAGCUGCAACGGAGUGGAGCAAGAAAAAGGAAGAAUUGGGUGAGAUCCAGAUGAGAUGCCAGCAGACAAUCCAGAAGAGGGAGAAGGAGGUUCAGGAGCUGAGGAGAGCAGUUGAGACUCUGAAGAGCUCAGCACAGUCUGCAGUGGAACACAGUGACAAGAUGUUUGAUGACGUCAUUCGCUCUGUUGAGAGAAGGCGCUCUGAGGUGACCGAGCUGAUCAGAGCUCAGGAGAAGGCUGAGGUGAGUCGAGCUGAAGGACUCCUGAAGGAUCUUGAAGAGGAGAUCUCUGAGCUGAAGAAGAGAGUAGCUGAGAUGGAGCAGCUUUCACACACACAGGAUCCCAUCCAUUUCCUCAAGAAUGCCGGAUCCACCUGUGAUAUUCCUGACAGUACAAUUCCAACCAACAUGACCCUCAGCCACCCUUACCUCUCAUUUGAGCCGGUGAAAACAUCUGUCUCUGAAAUGAAGGAGAAAUUAGAGUCAAUCCUCGAGCAGGAGACUGUCAACAUAUCUACUACAGUGUCUGGAGUACAGGCUGUUAUGACUGAACCAGUGACCAGAGAGGACUUCUUACAGUAUUACUGUCAGUUCACACUGGAUCCAAACACUGCACACAGAAAACUCCAUCUGUCUGAGGGGAACAGGAGGGUGGAGAUGAGGGUGGCCCCACAGUCAUAUCCAGAUCAUCCAGAGAGAUUUAGUGACCGGAGUCAGGUGCUGUGUAGAGAAGGUGUGUCUGGACGCUGCUACUGGGAAGUUGAGUGGGGCGGCGCUGGGACUGCUAUAGCAGUUUCAUAUAAAACCAUAAGCAGGAAAGGAAACCAAGAUCAGAGCUGGUUUGGAAAAAAUUCUCAGUCCUGGAAACUUAGUGUCUACCCCAGAGAGGCAGUGUUCUAUCACAACAAUGUGGAAAGCUACCUCCCUCUAGUGGCCAGCCCCAGAGUAGGAGUGUAUGUGGACCACAGGGCAGGGACUCUGGCCUUCUACAACAUCUCUGACACCAUGACACUCCUGCACAAAGUCCAGACCACAUUCUCUCACACACUCUACCCUGGGUUUGGGUUUCUGGUGGGCUCCACAGCGAAGCUCUUGUAACUCACAGUGUAUCUUGAUUUUCCCGAUCAUCACUCACACAUUAAUACACAGAAUGGAAUGCUGAAAUUGAACCGCACCUCUCUCAUUUCGCUGGUAUGCAUCAUCAUAAAAUUAGCCUGCCGGUAAACUGACGAGUGUCACUGAAGUAAAGUAGCCUACACGUAGUAAAUAAACAAUGUGGUUUCCAAGCAACAGCAGUACUCGUGGUGCAAACUGAUUUUACGAUUGCUGCGCAGAAUCAAAGGAAAGGUGACUGGUGAGAUAAAACAAAGAGCAGUCAAAUGCAGAUGUGUGUUCAUUUCAUAUGCUAUUGAAAUCCUGGACAAUUAAUAUUAUAAUGUUGGAGAGGGCUUUAAACUUAUUGACUUAUUGGUGAGACAGGAAAUAAUUUCCUUAGGGAAAAAAAACAAGAUCAGAUGUCACAUGCCUCCCCUGCGAAGGUAUGGAA